ACCCUCCUCUUCUCCUCAAUUUUUUUCCUUAAUUACUUGAUUAUAAGUAAUACUUUCUUAUCAAUCCUAUGUCCAUGGAUAACAGCCACAUGCUUCUCCCUAGUUCACAAAGAUUCUCAACUUCUCCCUCCUCUUUAAACAAAGCAAUUCCUCAAACUCAUCACUUUCAUGCUCAGGCUAUCACGAAUGAAGCUAAAGCAGAAAAUAAAAAUCAACAUCUAGACGAUACAAGCAUUUCUGACAGUAAAAUUACCUCUCAAAGUUCUGGGAGUGGGGCUGAAGCAGUUACCAAUGAAGAAAACAAAGGACUCAAAAAGCACAGAUACGCAUUUCAAACAAGGAGCCAAAUUGACAUACUUGACGAUGGGUAUCGCUGGAGAAAAUAUGGACAAAAAACAGUUAAGAGCGGCAAAUUCCCCAGAAGUUAUUACAAAUGUACGCAUAAAGGGUGCAAUGUGAAGAAACAAAUUCAACGCAGUUCCAAAGACGAAGGGAUUGUGGUGACUACCUAUGAAGGAAAACACACACAUCAAAUUGGGAAAUUGGCUGACAACUUUGAUCAGAUUCUGCGGCAGAUGCAAAACUAUACUGCUUUCUGAACUUAAUGUUACUAUCUUUCAAAUGUCAAUAAAGACUUUGUAAUAAUGCCUAUAUACCUGAACCUAUAUCUUAAAAUCUAUCAUAUAUAAUAUGAGAUAAAUGGAGGUUGCCAAUGAUGGUUCUUCAAUUCUGACA